AUGGAUAGACAUCAACACCACCUUCACCAGCUUCAAUACCUCAACAAGCAUCAACAACAUCAUCCUCAAUCGCAAACGCUAGAAAUAGCGUCUCCAGCGGCGGCGGGUGCGGGGGAUAGGUUUCCACAGUGGAGCAUAGAAGAGACGAAGGAGUUGAUAAGGAUAAGAGGAGAGCUUGAUCAGACUUUCAUGGAGACAAAACGGAACAAGCUUCUUUGGGAAGUUAUCUCUAACAAGAUGAGAGACAAAAGCUUUCCUCGUAGCCCUGAACAGUGCAAGUGCAAGUGGAAGAACCUCGUCACUCGUUUUAAGGGAUGUGAGACAAUGGAGGCAGAUAUAGCCAGGCAACAAUUCCCGUUCUAUGAUGAUAUGCAAAUUAUAUUUAGCGGUAGGAUGCAAAGAAUGCUAUGGGGAGAAUCCGAGGGAGGAGGAGGGCCAGGGACGAGCGGCGUAGCCAAUAAGAGAGGUAACUCGGAGCAAUUUUCUUCAGAUGAGGAAGAAGAAAAUGUGAAUGACGAGCUAGUAGAUAUCAGCAUUAAUGACCCGAAAAUCCUAAACCCGAAAAAGAACAUUGCAAAGAAGCGAAAAGGCGGUAGAAAUAGUAGUGUAAGAGAGGUAUUAGAUGAGUUUAUGAGACAUCAAAUGAGAACGGAGAGCGAGUGGAGAGAGAGAUGGGAGGCGAGGGAGAAGGAGAGAGCAGAGAAAGAAGAAGAGUGGAGAAGGAAGAUGGAAGAGCUUGAGAAGGAGAGAGUGGCAAUGGAGGGGAUGUGGCGAGAUAGAGAGGAGCAACGGCGGUCGAGGGAAGAGAUGAGGGCAGAGAAGAGGGAUUCACUUAUCAAUGCAUUGCUUGCUAAGCUUACUAGAGAUGGUUCUCUCUAA